GCAGAGGACAGGGUGAAGAUGGCCGCGUCCCUUAGGUGUAUUAUCCGCUCCGGAAAGAGUGCUGUGUCAACCCUCGGGAGGAGGGAGUUUCACAGGAGUGUCCCGGCCGCUGUGCAGGUGACGGUCCGCGAUGCUUUGACUCAGGCGAUGGACGAGGAGCUGGAGAGGGACGACCGGGUGUUCCUGCUGGGUGAGGAAGUGGCCCAAUACGAUGGAGCCUACAAGGUUAGCAGGGGUCUGUGGAAGAAGUACGGAGACAAACGCAUCAUCGACACUCCGAUCUCAGAGAUGGGCUUCACCGGCAUUGCAGUGGGAGCCGCCAUGGCUGGCUUGAGACCCAUCUGUGAGUUCAUGACCUUUAACUUCUCCAUGCAAGCCAUCGACCAGGUCAUCAACUCAGCGGCAAAGACCUACUACAUGUCAGCCGGUCUGCAGUCGGUUCCCAUUGUCUUCAGAGGACCCAACGGAGCGUCGGCGGGCGUCGCUGCUCAGCACUCACAGUGCUUUGCUGCAUGGUACGCUCACUGUCCAGGUCUGAAGGUGGUGAGUCCCUGGAACGCAGAAGAUGCCAAAGGUCUCCUGAAAGCAGCCAUCAGAGACGACAACCCCGUGGUGUUCCUGGAGAACGAGCUGAUGUACGGCGUUCCCUUCGAGAUGUCGGAGGAGACGCUCUCCAAAGACUUCACCAUUCCCAUCGGCAAGGCCAAGGUCGAGAGACCAGGAACUAGCGUCACCGUGGUCUCUCACUCACGGUACGUAGGUCAUUGCCUGGAUGCUGCCGCCGUCCUCGCCAAGGAGGGAAUCGAGUGUGAGGUGAUCAACCUGCGGACUAUCCGUCCUUUGGAUGUGGAGACCCUUGAGACCAGCGUGAUGAAGACCAACUACCUGGUGACAGUGGAGGGCGGCUGGCCUCAGUUUGGAGUCGGAGCUGAGAUCUGCGCCAGGAUCAUGGAAGGUCCUGCGUUUAACUACCUGGAUGCUCCGGUUACCAGGGUGACGGGCGUCGACAUCCCCAUGCCGUACGCCAAGAUCCUGGAGGACCACAGCGUGCCGCAGAUUAAAGACAUCAUCUUCUCUAUCAAAAAGACCCUCAACGUCUGAGACACACAAACACAAGACACACAGGCGGUAGAAACGUCGUCUGGUAAAAUAUCUGACCCACGUGUAAAUAAAUACAGCCAAACUUUCCUUUUAAAAAUACUCCAGAUUGUAAAGUUUCCAACCAGAUGUUGGUUACAUGAAACGCACAACUGUUUAUCUGCACCCAGAGCUGUAGACGCGCGGGGUUCGGUCGAGUUGCCACGUCGGUUACAAACACGGCCGGACUGUGUGUGUGUCGCUCUGGCUGCUCUGUCCACUUCCUCCCCUUCAAAAUAAAGUUGCUAUAUCCUGUAGCUCUUUGUGCUUCUCUGGAAGUUCACUAAUAACAAAACUGCUGCGAGAGCCAAGGGAAAAAAAUAAGUCACGUUUUGAUCAGUCUGCAGGUUUGAGCCGUAAUAAUAAUAAUCACUGAACUGUACAUUUUGAUUUUUAAACCCUUCAAAGGAAAUGUGUAGAUUUAAAGCUUCCUUUUGUCGGGACGUACCGAGAACUAAUCAGAUACCAGUAUUUAAUUGAUAAGCGUGUAAUGUGUGCAAGAGACUGGGAUCAUUCAUUUAUAUAUGUAAGACAAAAAUCAGGCUUAAAUUAAAUGUUUCUUAAACUUACUAAAAUGUUAUUUAUUAAAUAACGGUAUCCAAAUACCAGUCUGACUCUUUGUCACUGACACCUGACGCAGCUGUUGGAGUAUUAGACUGAUAUCAGUAUCGGUGUAUCUCUGUUUCUUUAAAGUUGUCAGUUUUAUAAAGUGAACAAAAUUAAACAUAUUUGAAAUUAUUUAUCAGAUAAAUUUAAAUGAGAAAAGCUCUUUAAACUUAAGACUUUUAUUUUGCCAAAUGGAAACAAAAAGGGAUUAAAACAUGUUAAUAUUCCUCUAAAGUACUCAAGCACUUAAUAUGCUCUCAAAUUUAGACGGACUGAUUCAAACUUUCUCCUCACUCAGUAGUUUUGUUGUUAAAACACUCCCACUCAAUUCUAACCACCAGUUUAAAAAAAAAUAAAUAAAAUACUGUACUCAAGUCUUUAACUUUGUGUAAGUUCUCCGACUGACUGAAUUCAUCUCUGACAGCAGCAGUGAAAAACGAUGAACCAGCUGGAGGAGGUGGUGGAGUGUGGUCAGGAAUAUUUAUUGUAGCUGCAGCAGCUCUGUGGAUGUUUUUGUUGCUGUAAAUGACUCUGUUACAGAAAUAAAAACCUUUCGAUCCUU